AUGUUUCGAACAUUGAUUCGACCAUUACAAUCUGCUCGUAUUAUUCAGAUUCCUAUUCGAACAACUGUUAUUGUCGAACGUGUACAUCCAUUGACAAAAUUACGCCCAUGGGAAAAUAUUUACGAUUAUAGUAAAUACAAAUAUACCGAUUUUCAAUAUCGUAUUAUUCGUGAUACAGAUACAGAAAAAUGGGGAAAUAUUGAUGUUAUACUAACGGAAUAUGUUGAAGGUGUCGGUUAUAAAGGUGAAAUAGUCAAUAUUCCACGUGAAAUAGCUUAUAGAGAAUUAUUACCAGCACAAUUAGCACUUUAUCCAACACCAGAAAACAUUGCAUUAUUUGAAGAAGAAAGAAAAUUACUUGUAGAUCGACCACAAAUAUCACCAUUUGUUAUGAAAUGUCGUGAUUAUUUGAAAUCAACUCUAUUACAAAUACCAAUUAAUCUUAAAUUAAAAGAAUGGUCACUAACAAAAGAUAAUAUUCGUGUUGCACUUCGACGUAUUAAUGUCAUGUGUGAUGAAGAUGCUAUUAUUUUAGAAGACGGUUCUAUUAAUCAAGAUACAUAUAAAUUAGGGGAAGAAUUUAAUAUUAUUCUUAACAUCAAUCCACUCGUUGACGUAUCUAUAAAAUGUAUCAUUGUUCCUGUUGAUAAAGCGAAAUUAUGGGAUGAAUAUCAAUUAUCAAAACGACGACCUAAAACAUAG